AUGGCCUCUCCAGAUUCUUCCCCUUCUGUUGUUCCACUCCCAGUUUUCCCUGCAGCUUCACCUUCAAAUUCUAGUUCUAGUACAUCUCCUCCUCCACCUCCAGACUCUUCAGCUCCACCUCCUCAAUCCUCUUCUCCACCAGCUCCGCCUUCUCCUCCUCCAUCAGACCGUGUACACCAUCGUCAUUUGGUUUCGCUCGUUGGUUAUUGUAUCUCAGAGCAACAAAGGUUACUUGUCUACGACUAUGUGCCAAACGACACGCUUGACUAUCAUCUUCAUGGUAAAGGCGGGACUAUGGAUUGGGCUACCCGAGUUAAAGUAGCUGCUGGUGCAGCACGUGGACUUGCUUAUCUGCAUGAAGACUGCCAUCCCCGCAUUAUCCAUAGGGAUAUCAAAUCAUCAAACAUUCUCUUGGAUAUCAACUUUGAAGCACAGGUUGCAGAUUUUGGGCUUGCAAGGUUAGCAGGUGAUGUCAAUACACAUGUGUCAACUCGUGUGAUGGGAACCUUUGGAUACUUGGCACCAGAGUAUGCAUCUAGUGGAAAAUUAACGGAGAAAUCUGAUGUUUAUUCAUUUGGCGUUGUACUUUUGGAGCUUAUUACUGGGCGGAAACCUGUUGACCAAUCUCAGCCCUUAGGCGAUGAAAGCCUGGUUGAAUGGGCUCGACCUUUGCUUGCUCAAGCACUUGAGACUGAAAAUUUUGAAGAUAUAGUAGAUCCUAGGCUUGAAAAGAACUUUGUUGCGAGUGAGAUGUUCCGGAUGAUUGAAGCAGCUGCAGCUUGUGUACGUCAUUCAGGCCCAAAAAGGCCUCGUAUGAGCCAGGUGGUUAGAGCUCUAGAUUCCAUGGAUGAGCUGUCAGAUCUGUCCAAUGGAAUGAAACCUGGACAAAGUGAAAUUUUUGAUUCAAGGGAACAAUCUGCACAGAUAAGAAUGUUUCAAAGAAUGGCCUUUGGAAGUCAAGAGUACAGUUCAGAUUUCUUCAAUUACUCCCAAAGCAGCUAUAGAAGUUGAGUUUUCAAUGGCGUAUUAUCAAAUAUUUCCCUUGUGUUCCCACCUGGUGCAAAAUCCUAGCAAUUCGCGCCGACAAAUGGUGGUUUCUCACAAUCUUCGAAUGAAUAUACCAUAACUCACUGAGAGAUCUGACCUGUAAUUACAUUGUGUAAAUCACUGUGCUAUUCCUUUUUUGGUUAGCGUUGAAAUCUGCUUUCUUUUUUUAUUCCUUUUUGUUGUCUUUACUAGAUCACACGGCAAACAAUUGGUUUUGUAGCAUUCUGAAAUUCAACAUUCUAUUCAUACAA